CCGAUCUUCACAGGCUGCGCCGCAGUCGGUAAAAAGAGCGUGUGCCGGGCGGACGUGUCGCUCACUUCUGUUAUUUAAUAAUGUACGCGACGCGAUCAUGAGCGACGAACUCGAGCGUUCCUCCACCGAGAACGUCACAGUAGUGACUGGAAACUUCCCAACGGUCUCCAGUCUCAAGUCUGAGGAUUCCACCGAGCAGUUGAUUUGCAAAACACCGCAAAAGACCACCAAGAGUAAGAAGGGGAAAAGUGUCAGUUCAAAGAGUGUGGAAGCUGGGAGUGAUGAUGGCCAGGGCUCGAGGCGGAUUGUAGUGUUUUUAGGAUUAUCUCAAGUGGUACUGGGUGUGUUGUUAGUGGGGGGAGGGGCUCUCGCGGUUGUUAAGGGGGCGGCACUGUCGAGGGUCGGUGCGGGGUUGUGGUCGGGGUGUAUAGCGGUGGUGGCCGGCGUGGUUGGAGUCAUAGCUGGCAUUAAUGACUGUUAUGGAUUAAAUGGACCUACGUCUGGGGGCUUGCUGACUGCAUUCCUGGCGCUGUCCCUGCUAUGCUUAGCGUGCGGCAACAGCGCCGCAGUGCUUGCGGCUACCGGCCUGCAGAGGGACUCGCUGCGGCCGCCCUCGCCCCUCAACACCUUUGAAGAUGAAAUGCAAGCGUGGAGCCCAGUUCUCACCAAUAUCGCGCUGCUCAUCAUAGCGUCAGUCCACUGCCUGGUUUGCAUCGUUUCCAUCUACCAUCUGUCCAAGCGGGUAUGCUCCUGCUUCCGCCCCAAGCAGGCGUUUGACCACAACCAAUUCGACCCUGCCUUUAAGGCGCCGUGUGUGUUCCAUGUGGACGAGAUUAAGAAGGCCCAGGAUCUGGAGAGGCUGAGGGGACACGAGCUUUGUAAAGAACUGGAGGCGAAGCUGCAAGGGGACAGCGUAAAGAAGAAGGAGGAGCCCCAGCUGUUCGGCAGCGCGAACAGCAAGGAGCACCUGGUGGACCGGUGGCUGGGCCGGCACGCCAGCACGGUGCCGCGCCCGCGCCGCGCCGCCGGCGUGCGCAAGCACAGGAAGCCGCCGCCCGCGCCCCUUGUGCUGCUGCCAGCGCAUCCUGCUAGCACGCUGGGCCGCAUGCCGGUUGGCGUGGUGGUGCCUCCGCGCUACGCCACGCUGCCGCUGCCGCCCGCGCCCUACGCGCCGCCCGCCCAGAUAUAUUAUCCUAUUCACGAUACGCGCAUGCGGCGGCGUCGAUCGCCGCGCGCUGCCCGCCACGAGCGGCGGCGCCAAGCGCGUGAGCGGGACUCGCUCACCCGCUCGCUCGAGCGCAUCCAUCGCAAGCGGCGAGCGGACCGCGAGCGACCUUCCGAUGCUGACCUCAAGAGGACCUAUACGGGUCUGGAUAGGGCCUACGCGGAGCAAUUUAUAGCGGUUUGCGACGAGAGCCGGCACGCGGCGGAGCAGCACGACUCGCUGGCCAGCACCGCCACGGACUCCACCAACUCGCAGGACACGCGUUAAUCUGAUCUGAAUCUGAUAGUUGAACCCAAAUGCCAAAUUCUGAUCUAGAGCGAUAUUAGAAACGGGCAUUAGGGGCCUAUUCUUUCAGGAGGCUGCAGAACUCAGUGCAGAACUUGUUUUUUUUGUUCUUCUCAAUGAAACCAUAUUAUUCAAAACAAAAUAUGGUCUAUGGAUUUCUUCUUGAAUGUGAGAUGAGAAAUAUAGGACCCCAAUCAAACAAAUUUUAAUUAAGUUAACUCCGCAAGCGACCCAUAAGAUACUUACUUUAGUAUUUUGAUGUGCAGACUUUUAGAUAAAACUUUAUCUAAUAUAAAAUUUAGUUUUAUACAAAACAAAAAUAUAGUACGUUUCGUUUAGGUUUAAUGACAGUAUCUUGUAACCAAACAUACUUAAAUAAUAAUUUUUAAGAAAAAUAUGAUAUUCGGAAGAUUAGAUUUUUGAUAAUUAGAGUUAUUGAAUUAAUGUAAACUUAUUCAUUGAUUUAUUGUGUACGCUUUAAUUGUUAUUUAUUGAAAUUGUACGUAACGAUGAAAUUUUAAAUACUCUUUAGUUUGUAUGUCCUAUACAUUAAUUUUAUUAGUUUUACACAAUAUGCUUUUGAGAUUUGGUUUAAGAAGUACAUAAUUUUCGGAGUAAUUUUAAAACUAACAAAGCACCUUACUAACAAAAAACUACCCACUAACCUGUACCCAACAAUAUAAAAAACUAGUGUUUUGCACUAGCUUGUUUAAACAUAGAGUAUUCUGUAGGAUAAAAAUUUUAAAUAUAUAUCUGUCAUCAUACAUUUCGAAAUAGUAAAACAAAUUCAAAAAAUUUUAAUUGGAUUUUAAUACAGAUCUUUAAAUUCCACAUAUAAUCAUCUUGUUUAUUUUUACUAUCUACUUUUAUUUUCAUAGUACACUCAGCAAUAUAAGAAAUAAGGUUUUUCAAUUAAUCGCCCUGCCACAGAUUACUGAAUAGUUACUGCGUAAACCCCUACUAAUAUUCACUUUACUAACGAAUCAAUUGUAAACUUUUGUAUCGUCAAAUAUCUGUGUUAUAUCGUACUUUAAGUCUUUUAUAUUUAAGUCAAUUAGCGUUAAGUCGGAGAUUUUACUAUUUUGUACACUACGAUACGUAAUGCGACAAUUUUUUUGUUCUAAGACUUGUAAACCGGGAUUAUAAGUAAAUACUAGAAAUUUCUAAAAUAGCUAACUUCUAAUAUUUUUAAGAAUGUAUAGUAUUCUAUCGUGAAUCAAAUAAAUGGAUGGCAAAUUAGAUUUAGUGUUAGAGCGAAUACUCUGGCACGAUUAAUCACCUAAGUGCUUUAACGACAUAUAAAUAGUAUUUAAUAGGUAUUUGAUACAUAAUGUUAUCGUAUUCUUCCGUUUAUUUGGUUCACAGGCGUGUAUAUUUGCGAUGAAGUCCCAAGUACCUUGCUGGCGCCAAAUCUAUUGCGAGCGAUCUAAUUGGUUUGUAAAUAUAACUUAUUGCUCAAUUCUGUAUUACCUAAGUUUACCGUUAUAUUAUUUUUUACUUAAUAUUUUAUCUGCAGAAUUAUAUUAAUAGUAUAUUUUGUUAGUAAAAAUUAUUGUAAGCAAUAGUAGAAGAAAAAAUCGAUUCGAUUCGAUCGUUAUUUUUUGGUAAUUAAUAAAUCACUACGCAAUAAUAAAUAAAUUUUAUUGUUACUUUUCAAAUUCAAUCGGCUGGCUAAAGUAUUCAAAAACCCUCAUCUAGCUUAUAGUUUCGUUACCAAUUAAUAUUGAUAAUGUAUACAUAUCUAUCUUUAGGUAUAAAUAAAACACGUAUUUCAUAUAUUUUAUUAGUCAAAAUUUCUCUAAUUUUACGAAAAAUUUUCUUUAACCUUAGAACAUAGUGUAAAUAAAAAUUGUAAUCACUUUAAAGAUAGCAUAGUGCACACGAUCAAGAUAUCUUAUCGUUUCUAUGAAAUCUGUAGCCUAUAAUAAAAGUACUAUAAUUUAAAAUAUAAUAUAAUUUUAUAGUUUUCUAUGACAUUGUUAGCGCCACCGUUGUUUAACUUGUGCGAUGAAUUUCUUGUACAUUUAAUAAACGUUUUAAUAAAA